AUGUUGGCCGCACGAUCGAGUGCUUGUCGUGCAGGCAGCCUCGGCAUUCGUUGCGGCGCCACCGCUCCCACAGUGGAUUCAAUCUCAAAACAGCACCAAAAGCUGGUAGAGAAUGAACCUGGGCCGCUAUGGAGAGUGGGGAAGAGCCCUUUUCAAGAAAUCCCUCAAGCCUGGCUCUCCUCGCUGAAGACGAUCAAGGAGGAACCACAAGGCAUCAUCGAUCUGCACCCCGACGUUUUUCGGACGACCCCGCGCCUCGAUCUCUUGCACCGAAAUAUUGUCUGGCAACAAGUCUACAGGAAUGUGCAACUUACCAAAAUGCUCACAAAGGCCGAGAUGCCAGGAGGAGGCUCUAAACCUUGGCCUCAAAAGCGAACAGGAAGACAUCAUGCGGGCAGCAUUCGAGCUCCCCACUUUCAUCGUGGAGGCUUUGCCCAUGGAGUUCGCGGCCCGAAGACGUGGUUUUAUAUGUUGCCCGACUCGAUUCGCAUCAAGGGCCUAUGCGUCGCUCUGACUGUCAAACAUGCGCAGGACGAUUUGCAAGUUGUUAGUAGUCUGGAGGAGCUACCUGAUGGCGACCCGCAAUUCCUGAUGAGUCUUGCUGAUGAGCGAAACUGGGGCUACAGCGUUCUCUUUGUUAGCGAAACGGAUACGAUAACUGGCCCCCUCUCAGAAGCCACCUCUCAAUUGCCGUGGAUGAAUGUGAUGCCAUAUUAUGGGCUCAACUGCUUCUCCUUGAUGAAAUAUGACACGAUUGUUUUCAGCCAAAAGGCAUUGAAUUUGAUACAAACAAGCCUUCUUCGUCACUUGCAUCGCGCCGACUCGUUGAACACGAAAUAUCGAUAUAAGGACAUCAAGGAAAAGAUUUUGAAAGAAGAUUGGGAAAUGGUGAUCGAGGUGGAACAGUUGAUCAUCGGCUUCGUUCGUGACGGAUUUGCAGAAGGAUCGGUUACCUUAAUCAAACACGAUGCUGGCCGGAUACUUGUCGAUACCGGCUCUCCUGAUAAUUGGAAUCAGCUCGAGGCCGAGCUGAAACUUCGGGAGAUCGAGCUUGAUGCCAUCGACACGCUUGUAAUCACCCACGGACACAUCGACCAUUGCGCCAAUUUGGGUCGAUUCGCUAAGGCGACGAUCUACAUGGACAAUGAUCGACGGUCCCCAACUGGUGUAUAUUCACCGACAGAAGACAUUAUUCAAUUGACGCCGCUGAUAUUCAUCAAAAAAUACCGUGGCCACACGGAUAACGAUUUAGUUAUUGUGGUGAAUGGGACUGCCGUUGGUACGAUUGUCGUAGCAGGAGAUCUAUUUGAAACCGAAAGUGAUGCGAACGACUGGGAAGCUAAUAGUCGAUAUGUGGAGCCGCAAAAAAAGUUUGUGAUUUCAAUUCAGGGCGGGCGAAUAUGCAGCCGGAUCGUGCCGAACUUGAGAAGCGUCUCGGAGAUGAAGCCCAUCUCCUGCGCUUCUGGGAUGAGCUUGGAGCAGCCGCAACGCGAAGCCCUGGCCGCACAGAUUGCCGAGAUCGACGUCGCGCAGUGCCAAGAAGCCUUCACCACCUCUGCGAACAUCCACGUGCCCAACCUCGACAAUGUGAAGCCAGUGCCCGCCGAUCGCUACAUCGUCUCCAGCAAGCUGCCCUCCGAGGAGCGUGAACGGCUGACGAAGCUGGGCCUGGAGGCCAUUUCUCGUAACGAGCUGUGCGUGUUGGUGCUGGCUGGUGGUCAGGCAUCUCGCCUUGGCAGCGCUGAACCGAAGGGCACAAUCCCGCUCGGAUUGGCUUUUCCCGAGGGUUCCGUCGCGCAAGGGGACAGUCUCCUUUCGAUUCAGGCGGCCAAGAUUCGUUGUCUACAAGACUUGGCAAGCCGCACGUUCCCGGGCACGCACGGCAAGAUCCAAUGGGCCGUGAUGACAUCUGCUGGUACGAAGGAGGCCACUCUGAAGCAUUUGGAGAAGAUAGUCCCCGCUAACGGUCUCUCCAUUGAUGACGUGCGUCCAGGCCAACAUCCCUGCCUUCUCGAUGGAUGGCAGCCUGCUGCUUUCGAAGAAGGGCGAAGUCUGCACAGCACCAAAUGGCAAUGGAGGCAUCUACUCGGCGCCUCUCAUCAUCUGCCCAAGCUGCGCCAACGCGGCGUCAAGUACCUUCAGACUUAUUGUGUCGACAACAUUCUCUGCCGCGUCGGUGAUCCAACAAUGCUGGGAAUGGUAAUUGACAAGAAAGCCGACUGUGCCGCCAAGACGUUGGAGAAGAUUCCCGGCGAAUUGAUCGGAAGUAUCACCAUCGAGGACGGAAAGCCCCGCGUGACCGAAUAUUCCGAGUUGGGCAAUCUUGAAUCGAAGACUGGACCUGAUGGGAAGCUCCUCUAUCGUGCCGGCAGCAUCGCCAUCCACUUUUUCACGAUGGACUUCCUUGAAAGGUAUUUUUUUCUUUCUUUCGAUAAGUUUUGUCGUUUCUGCACGGCCGACUUCCAUCUGCCAUACCAUCGCGCCCUCAAGAAGAUUGCCACUUCGACCAAAACGGCCACCUCGUCACCCCGAAAGAACCAAGUGGCAUCAAGCUCGAGCAGUUCAUCUUUGACGUCUUCCCCCUCAGCAGCAAUUUCUAUGCUUGGGAGGCGGUGCGCGAAGACGAGUUCUCGCCGCUCAAGAAUGCCGAGUCGACGGGGGAAGGACUGUCUGUCGACGUGCGUCCGCGAUCUGGCCGCCCAAUCGCGACGGUGGCUUGAAGCUGCCGGUGCGGAAGUGGAUUCCAUUGACAAGAUCUUCGUGGCGGCGGCCCGUUCGUAUUCUGGCGAGGGUCUCGAGAGCUGGCAGAAGUAUUAUUUGAGCGCUAUUGCACGUCAUUUAUCG